GGGGCGGAGCCUAGCAGCCGGGCGGUGAUUGGGCUCAUUGAGGCGCCGUCUCCAUGGCGACAGGGGGACGCCGCCGGGCCUACAAGAGCCCCUCAGCGCAGGCGCAGUCCUGCUUCCGGAGCAGGCGAACGCUGCCCUGAUGGCGAAUUACAAGGCCGCCGACUCGAAGCGGGAGCAGUUCCGCCGCUACCUGGAGAAGUCGGGCGUGAUGGACAGCCUCACCAAAGUGCUGGUAGCCCUGUAUGAGGAGCCCGAGAAGCCCAACUGUGCCCUGGACUUCCUCAAGCACCACUUGGGUGCCACGGCCCCGGAGAACCCAGAAGUGGAAGCCCUUCGCCUGGAAGUGGCGGAGCUGAAGGAGAAGUACGAGGUCGUCCUGGAGGAGAACCGGAAACUCAAGGCCAAGCUGGCGCAGUAUGAACCACCUCCAGAGGAGAAGCAACAACAGCAGCAGCAGCAGUAGGAAUGGGGGGACUCUUCCUAUGGUUUGCAAUAAAAACAGACAGGCAAGCAGGCA